UGCAGACAGGCAAACGUAGUAGCUAACUUGAAACUAUUCUAACACGAAGUUAAUGGCUAAUUUAGGGGAAGGUUUCUGGAGCAGUCACAAAUCAGUUUCCUUUUUUUCUGUUUUGUUGAACGAAGUGACGGGGCUAAAGCACGUCAUGGUCGUAGAGCAAUGAUGUCCGACGACGAAAGUGUGCCUUCUUUUCUGGAGGACGUCAGAGUAAAGUUUGUCGAGGAAAAAGUUUGUGGGCUACUGCGACUGCACCGCCAAACAUGGGAGAAGAGUACUGUAAACGAAGAGUUUCAAACACUUCUGAAAGACUUCUUUGAAAAGAAGUCUGUUAUGUUUUUCUCUUCAUCAAAGAAAGGUUGUCUGGUUGCUUCCAAUGAGGUCCUACCUGUUGCUGAAAACAAGCAAAUGUAUAUCCUUAAGAAGACAGUUAUUCCCAUCAAUACUGAAAACUACAGGGGACUUCUGCUUUUUGGCCUCCUGUCUCCAUCACCACUACUGCAGCUGUCAAGCACAGUUGAGCAGGUAUGUGUUCCACUGCUGUCAAACAACAAAAACCAUCAGAUGUGGCCACAUCUGAUGUCUGAAGACAUAAUUCGACGUGUUGAGAGCAUGUGCAGUAAGACAUCAGUUGUACAGGGACAGGUUUUAGGGAAAAUUGUCCUCCCUAUCCCUACUGCGACAGAUUGGAUAGAACAUUCAUACAGCACCUUCAAAAUGUAUAAUAACUAUGACAGGGCACUGGCCCAUGCCAUAGAGUCCCAGGUUAUCAACUGGACCAAUCUGAUCCAGAAGAAUUUAAAGGAGGAUUCAUCUGACCUGCUUAUGACAGGCUGUAAUCCAGGGCCCAAUGCAGAGCUGAAGUUUUGGGCUUCCAGGAAGAGCAAUAUACAGAACAUUUAUCAUCAGCUUCAGAGUCCCAUUGUUCAGAAGAUGGCAAAGAUGUUAGAGAUGAUGGAUAGCAGCUAUCAUCCAACAAUCAAGACUCUAAUUGGAAAUGUAUUUGAUGCACUUCAAGAAGCCCAAGACAUUGACCUCCAUCUACAGCCACUACAUACACAACUGUCUCAACUGGAAAAGGAGGGAUUUCCUCACUUGGAAAAAUUCAUCCCUGCACUGUUUCACACUCUCUUCCUUAUCUGGACCAACUGCCAAUCUUAUCAAAGACCGGCACGCAUCGUGGUGCUACUGCAGAAACUUUGCAAUCUGUUCAUUGAGCAGGCUUCUACAUACCUUUCUGCAGAUCUCCUACUCCAAGAGGAUCCAGAGGAAAGUCUACAAAUGGUGAAGAGGGUGAUAAAAGUCUUUAGAUGUUUCAGAGACAGUUAUCAGACAGAGAGGGAGAGGUUGGCCAACCAUGUGAAACAUGCACCCUGGGAUUUUCCAUCUGCCAUGAUUUUUGCACGUUUCAACCAGUUCCUUAAUCGUAUGCUACAGCUGGCGGACUUGUUUGAAAUUAUGCUGGAUUUUCAGAGGAUGGAAAAACUGGAAUUUGGUGGACUUAAAGGCAAACUAUAUAGUGAGCAUGCUGCUCAAAUGUACAGAGAGUUCAGUAACCACUGCCAAGCGUUGAAGCACAGUAAAAACAGCCCACUUGACUUCAACUCUCAGGAUUUUGAAAACGAGUUUAAGGAUUUCAAAGUGAGGAUUGUGGACUUUGAAUGCCGCCUUGCCAGCCUGCUAUGCUUGGCCUUUAAGGAUUGCUCGGGACUGGAGUCAGCAUUUAAACUGCUAACUAUUGUCGGGCCAUUCCUGGAGAGAAAACACAUUAGGCAGAUAUUCAGUCCCAACAUCCUUCUACUGCAGCAACAUUUCAGAGAAGAGCUGGAGAAAUGUAAAUGUCUGUUUAAAUCCCAGCUCAAUCAGAUGGAGAGUGGCCUGACAAAGAACAUGGCUUACACUUCUGGAGCUUUCAAGUGGGCAAAAAUGCUCAGAGAACGCAUUCAAACACCAUGGGAAAAAAUCAGAUUACUCUUUGACAUGCCUGCAGGAGGUGUAGAGAUGGUGACGGAGUACUACAUGUACAUGGAGAUGAUGAGUCUCCUGGACCAAUAUGAGAAGGACAUUUACUUUGACUGGUGUAAUGGUUUGGAACAGGCCUGCCUGAUCAACCUGAACCAGCCCCUUCUCUGCAGAGAUACCUCAUCUGACCUGAUCUCAGUCAACUUCAAUCCUAAGCUGACUGAAGUCUUGAAAGAUGUAAAGUAUAUUCAGACUCUCAGUCAGAUCAAUAUCCCUGCAGCUGCAAUGACUGUUUUUGAGAAGCGCGACAUGUUCACAAAGUAUUUGAGUAGUCUGCAGCUAUUAGUACAAUGGUACAACAAGCUAAAGCAGACAGUGCUAGAGGUGGAACUUCCUCUCAUCAGAGGUGAGCUGGAGUCCAUAGACCUGCAGUUGACAAGAGCAGAGUCUGACCUGACAUGGCAUGAUGCGGACUGCUGGAGCUUCAUCAGCACCACCAAAGAGCUGGUUCACGGCCUUGUGUGUCGAGUCAGUAGAGCCAAGGAAAACUGUGAAGCAAUCCAGUCAGUGAUGAAGGGAUGGAGCAAACAGGCCAUGUUUUGCAGAAAGGACAACAAGAAAGGCUCGCUCAUACAGCUGGAAGACAGGGGAGACCGUGUCAACAAGAAGUACAACUCCAUGAAGAAGGAUGGAGACUCUAUCCACAAGCUGGUACAGGAGAAUAUGGUCCUUUUCCACACUGACUCGGUGUCAGAAGCAUGGCAGUCCUACCUGGAGUAUGUGGAUGAGAUGGUAGUGGAGGGUCUCUUCAGCUACAUCAGCCAUUCUCUUCAGUUCUUUGUGGACAACAUGGAAUCAUGGCCAAACCAGACACCUCUGUUUGAGGCUCAGUUGAUGCUGAGUAGCUCAGGAAUGGUCUUCCUCCCUUCGUUGGAGCUAGAUGCAGGGGACGGCCUCUAUGAGCUGAUAGAAGGACUGGUCGGAGACAUAUUCAAGACUUCAGUGAAUAUCAACAGAGUGGCUGCUCAUCUUUGCAUGGAGAGCUACCAGGUUGUAAUGGAUGACAUGCUAGAUUUGUUGGACCUGAGACAGGAAAUAAUGGAGCGAGUGGAGAACGUCCUCAAGAAAGCGAUAAAUUACCAGAGAAAGUUUGACUGCUACAGCCAUCUCUGGCAAGAUGACAGGGCUGAGUUUCUCAGCCAGUUUCUCCUGUAUGGACGUGUACUUACAGCUGAAGAGAUGGAGGCUUAUGGAGCAGAUGCACUCCCUGAGAGCCCGCCUUCAAUUGAUAACUUCAAAGAACAGAUAGAUUAUUAUGAGAAUCUGUAUGCUGAAAUUUCCAAGCUUGAAGACUUCAGAGUGUUCAAUGGAUUUUUUCGAGUGGAUAUCAAGUUCUUUAAAGUGAGCCUCCUUAACACUAUAAAGAAGUGGAGCUGGCUUUUUAAAGAACACCUCUUGAUAUAUGUCACUAACAGUCUUGAUGAGCUGCAGAAGUUUGUCCGAGCCACUGUUGAAGGGCUAGGCCAGCCUGUGGCUAAAGGAAACCACUGUGGCUUGGUAGAAGUGAUGAGUCACCUGUUGGCUGUCAGAGACAGACAAGCAGCAACAGACAAGAUGUUUGAGCCUCUUAGAGACACAAUAAUCCUCCUUGAACAAUAUGGAGUGACUACACCUGACCAGGUCUAUUCUCAGCUGGAGGAACUUCCUGAGAAAUGGAGUGGGGCAAAAAAACUGGCCUUGAAAGUGAGACAUGAGGUGGCACCCAUGCAGAAUGCAGAAGUGAUGGUUUUACGAAGACGAUGCAUGGCCUUUGAGGUGAAACAAAGCAAAUUCAGGGAGAUGUUCAGAGCAACGGCGCCCUUCAGUUACAAUGCAGUGCAUCCCUACAUCAGUCUGGAGAAAUCUGAAAAAGCAAUCCGAGACAUGGAGAAAGAGGUAGCAGAGCUACAGGAGUCCACAAAUCUGUUUGAUGUUACUAUUCCUGACUACAGAAACAUCAAGCUCUGCAGACGAGAAAUCACGGUCCUCAAAGAACUGUGGGACAUUGUUGUAUUUGUGCAGAGCAGUGUGGAAAACUGGACAAUGACCAAAUGGAGGCAGAUAAACGUGGACCAGAUGGAUGCAGAAUUGAGGAGGUUUGCCAAGGACAUACGGAAGCUUGACAAAGAGGCUCGCAUGUGGGAUGUGUAUUCUGGGUUAGACCUUUAUGUAAAGAACCUGUUGACGUCACUGCAGGCCGCAAGUCAGCUACAGAACCUGGCAAUACGGGAGCGCCACUGGGUGCAGCUAAUCAGAACAACACGGAUGGACUUCACUGUGACUGACAGUACCACCUUGGAAGACCUCUUGGCUCUGCAGCUCCAUUUGCUGGAAGAUGAAGUUCGCAACAUAGUGGAUAAGGCAGUCAAAGAAAUGGCCAUAGAGAAGGUUGUGACACAAAUAAGUCAAACGUGGGCAUCAAUGGAGCUUUCAUAUGAAGAUCAUUACCAAACCUCUGUGCCACUACUUAAAUGUGAUGAGGAACUCAUUGAAACGCUUGAGGAUCAUCAGGUUCAGCUCCAGGGCAUCUUUCAGAGCAAGCAUGUAGAUCACUUCCUGUUCCAGGUAGUGGAACUACAGAAACAGCUGACUGUGGCUGACUCUGUGCUGAUGGUCUGGAUGGAGGUCCAAAGGACAUGGGCCUACCUGGAAAGCAUCUUCAAAGGCUGUGAUGACAUCUGCCAACAGCUGCCUGCAGAUGCACACAGAUUCCAAGCUACAGAUGCAGAAUUUCAGGAGUUAAUGUUGGACAGUGCUAAGACUAAAAAUGUGAUUGAGGCCACCAACAAACUUCAUCUAUUUGAGAAGUUAGAGGAUCUACAAAAAAGGCUGGCAUUGUGUGAAAAAGCUCUUGCUGAAUACCUGGAGACAAAAAGGCUUGCCUUUCCACGAUUCUGCUUUAUUUCAUCUGCAGACUUGUUAGACAUCCUCUCUAAAGGGAGUCGUCCCAGAGAGGUAACUGUCCACCUCUCAAAAUUAUUUGACAACAUGUCAGAUCUUGAAUUUGCUAAAAAUGAACAGUUGGAUAAUCCUAAACUUGCAGUGGGCAUGUACAGCAAAGAGAGGGAAUAUGUCCCAUUCCAGACUGAAUGUUGCUGUUACGGGCCGGUGGAGGCGUGGCUUACUUGUCUGGAGGAGUCUAUGAAAGCAUGUGUCAGGGGACACCUGUCUGAGGCUGUGUCUGUGUACGAGGACAGGCCCAGAGAGCAGUGGAUUCUCGACUUCCCUGCCCAAGUGGCUCUCACUGGAUCUCAGAUCUGGUGGAGCAAUGAUAUGGAGCUUGUUUUUAAAAGACUAGAGAAAGGAUUUGAGUCUGCACUAAAAGACUACAACAAGAAACAGAUUUCUCAACUCAACUUGUUGAUCGGCAUGCUGCUGGGAGAGCUAAGCUCAGGCGACAGGCAGAAGAUCAUGACUAUAUGCACUAUUGAUGUCCAUGCCAGAGACAUUGUUGCCAGCCUUAUUGCCCAAAAGGUCACCACCUCACAGGCCUUCCAGUGGCUUUCCCAGCUCAGACAUUACUGGUAUGAGCAGCAGCAUCACUGCUUCGUUAACAUCUGUGAUGCUCAGUUCCUUUACUCAUACGAGUAUCUUGGAAAUACGCCACGUCUAGUUAUCACUCCCCUCACAGACCGGUGCUACAUCACCUUGACUCAGUCACUCCACCUGACCAUGAGUGGAGCCCCAGCAGGCCCCGCUGGAACAGGGAAAACUGAGACCACUAAGGAUCUUGGCAGGGCCAUGGGUGUCAUGGUAUACAUCUUCAACUGUUCUGAACAGAUGGACUACAAGUCAAUUGGAAAUAUCUACAAGGGUCUGGCCCAGACUGGAGCAUGGGGCUGCUUUGAUGAGUUCAAUCGUAUCGCUGUGGAUGUUCUGUCAGUUGUAGCAGUGCAGGUCAAAACUAUUCAGGACGCCAUUCGCUCUAAAAAGAAAAGGUUCCUGUUCUUGGAUAAAGACAUUGUCUUAAAGCCCUCUGUGGGGAUUUUCAUCACUAUGAACCCUGGCUAUGCAGGGAGGACAGAACUACCUGAGAACCUCAAGGCUCUUUUCAGACCCUGUGCCAUGGUGGUGCCUGACACUGAGCUUAUUUGUGAGAUAAUGUUGGUGGCAGAGGGCUUCUGUGGUGCUAAGCUUUUAGCCAGGAAGUUUAUCACUCUGUACACUCUCUGCAAAGAACUACUCUCCAAGCAGGACCACUAUGAUUGGGGUUUGCGUGCUGUCAAGUCUGUUCUGGUUGUGGCAGGGGCACUGAGAAGAACAGACAAGAGUAGACCAGAGGAUCAGGUGCUGAUGCGUGCGCUGAGGGACUUCAACAUGCCUAAAAUUGUAACUGAAGAUAUGACUAUCUUCUUGGGACUGCUGGGAGACCUGUUCCCAGGCCUGGAGGUGGAGAGAGAGAGAGACUGUGAAUUUGAAAAGGCCAUUCGAAAGACCACACUGGAGCUCCGACUCCAGCCCGAGGAGACCUUCAUCCUUAAGGUGGUGCAGUUGGAGGAACUUGUGGCAGUGCGUCAUUCAGUCUUCGUUCUUGGAAAUGCAGGGACUGGGAAAAGCCAGAUAUUAAGAGUUCUCCAUAAAACCUACGUAAACUUAAAGAGGAAGCCUGUGUGGAAUGACCUCAAUCCAAAGGCAGUGGACAGAGAUGAAUUGUUCGGCUUUAUCCAUCCCGCAACUCGAGAGUGGAAAGAUGGUUUGCUUUCAUCACUGAUGCGAGAGCAAGCAAACAUCUCCCACAUAGGACCUAAGUGGAUUGUGUUGGAUGGAGACAUUGAUCCGAUGUGGAUUGAAUCACUCAACACAGUGAUGGAUGACAACAAGGUCCUGACUCUGGCCAGCAAUGAACGUGUGCCACUCACUUCUUCCAUGAGACUGGUGUUUGAAAUCAGUCACCUACGGACAGCCACUCCUGCUACUGUGUCCAGAGCAGGAAUUCUCUAUGUUAACCCCCAGGACCUGGGCUGGAACCCGUAUGUUGCCAGCUGGAUUGACCAACGAGAACGCCAGACAGAAAGGGCCCACCUCACCAUACUGUUUGAAAAAUAUGUUCCUCGUUGUCUAGAACAGAUGAGAAACACCUUCAAGACCAUCACUCCUAUCCCAGAAAACUCUAUGGUUCAGACACUCUGCACUUUGCUUGACUGCCUUCUAACACCAGAAAAUAUUCCAUCUGACUCUCCACGUGAACUCUAUGAGACCUACUUCACCUUUGCCUGCAUCUGGGCUUUCGGUGGGGCCCUGUAUCAAGAUCAGCUCUAUGAUUACCGGGUAGAGUUCAGUCAGUGGUGGACCAAAGAAUUGAAGACAGUGAAGCUACCAGCACAGGGAACAGUGUUUGACUACUACCUUGACCCUCAAACCAGACGGUUCCUGCCCUGGAAUGAUACUGUGCCUCUGUUUGAAAUGGAAACUUGUACACCAUUACAGGCUGUUCUGGUGCACACAGCAGAGACUGUGAGUCUUCGGUACUUCAUGGACUUAUUGCUGGAGAGGAGACAGCCAGUGAUGCUUGUGGGGAAUGCUGGAAUGGGAAAGACUGCACUUGUCAGGAACAAGUUAGACUGUCUGCCAGAGAGUUAUAUGACUACAAAAGUACCCUUCAACUACUACACUACCUCCCUCAUGCUGCAGGUGAUUCUGGAGCGACCAUUGGAGAAAAGAGCAGGCAAAAGCUAUUCCCCUGUAGGCAACAAAAGGAUGGUCUACUUUAUAGAUGAUAUGAACAUGCCAGCUGUCGACAGUUAUGGAACAGUGCAACCUCACACACUUAUACGCCAGCAUCUGGAUUAUGGCCACUGGUAUGACAGACAGAAACUGACCCUAAAAGAAAUACACAACACCCAGUAUGUUGCCUGUAUGAAUCCAACUGCUGGGAGCUUCAGUAUCAACCCCAGACUACAGAGACAUUUCUCAGUGUUUGCAGUGAACUUUCCUUCAUCUGAGGCUCAGAUGUCAAUCUUCAGUCAGAUCCUGUUUGGCCACCUGAAGCAGCAGCUCUUCAAUCCGCUGGUUCAGAGGAGCGCUGCAGCUGUGGUCCAAGCAGCCAUAGCUCUUCAUCACAAGAUGGUUCACAGCUUUCUGCCCACAGCCAUCAAAUUUCACUACACAUUUAAUCUCCGAGACUUGUCUAAUGUUUUUCAGGGCAUCCUCUUCGCUGGGCCUGAGAGUGUGAAAGAGAGUACUGACCUGGCACUGUUGUGGUUCCACGAGUCCUGCAGAGUAUACUCAGACAGACUGGUAGAUGUCAAGGACCUGCAGCUCUUCCGCAAGCUCCAGAUGGAGACGGUGCAUGAAUUCUUUGAGGGACUGGAGGACAAAAAGGUGACAAAGCAGCCCCUCCUCUAUUGCCACUUUGCCCAAAUGGGCGAUGAAGCCUCCUAUACUCCUGUUACAGACUGGUCUGCACUCAGGUCCAUCCUCACAGAUGCCCUGGAGAGCUACAAUGAGCUCAAUGCAGCCAUGAAUCUGGUGCUGUUUGAAGAUGCCAUGCAACAUGUCUGCCGCAUCAGUCGUAUCCUGGAGUCUCCAAGGGGUCAUGGCUUACUGGUUGGAGUCGGGGGCAGUGGGAAGCAGAGUCUGACUCGUCUGGCUGCCUAUGUAUCCUCUGUGGAAGUCUUCCAAAUCACUCUGAGUAAGGAUUAUAGCAUCCAGGACCUCAAGAUGGAUCUGGCAGGCUUGUUCCUAAAGACUGGAGUGAAGAACCAGCGCGUGGCUCUGCUCCUGACUGACGCACAGAUACCUGAUGAGCAGUUUCUGGUCAUUGUUAAUGACUUACUGGCAUCAGGAGAAAUUCCUGAGCUCUUCAGUGAGGAAGAGAUUGAAGGAAUUGUUUCGGGUGUGAGAGCUGAGGUCCGAGCCCUUGGACUGGUGGAUAGCAGGGAGAACUGCUGGAGAUUCUUUACUGACCGAGUUCGACUACAGCUCACGGUGGUACUGUGUUUGUCUCCCGUGGGCAGUGCCCUUCGUCUUAGGGCCCGUCGAUUCCCUGCUCUUGUCCAAUGCACCACCAUUGACUGGUUCCAUCCUUGGACCUCAGAAGCUCUGCAGUCGGUCAGCUACAGGUUCAUCCAAGAAAUAGAAGGCAUUGAGCCUGCCGUCCAGGAAUCCAUCAGUCUUUUCAUGGCCUACGUUCACACCAGUGUCAACCAGGCAAGUGAAAAAUACCAGCGCAAUGAGAAGAGGUACAAUUACACCACCCCCAAGAGCUUUCUCCAGCAAAUCACCCUGUACAGGAACCUUCUGGAAAAGAGUCGGGCUCAGCUCCACCACAAGAUGAACCGGCUUGACGGUGGCCUUCAAAAACUCCAAACCACUGCCACUCAGGUUGAGGAUCUGAAAGCUAAAUUGGCAUCCCAAGAAUCUGAGCUGACCUUUAAAAAACAGAAUAUUGAGGCUCUAAUUACAAAGAUUGGACUGCAGACUGAGAGGGUUAGCUGCAAGAGAGAGGCUGCGGAUGUCGAGGCACAAAAGGUUGCUGUGAUCCAGGCAGAAGUCUCAAUCAAACAGAAGGACUGUGAAAAUGAUCUAGCCAAGGCAGAGCCGUCACUGACAGCUGCAACAGCAGCACUGCACACCCUCAACAAAGUGAAUCUUACUGAGCUGAAGGCCUUUCCAAACCCUCCAGCUGCAGUGAUCAAUGUAGCAGCAGCUGUCAUGGUUCUGCUAGCUCCCCGUGGUCGAGUGCCUAAGGAUCGGAGCUGGAAGGCGGCGCGGGCCUUCAUGGGCAAGGUGGAUGAGUUCCUGCAGGCCCUGCUAUCAUACGACAAGGAGCACAUCCCUGAGUCCUGUUUGACUGUGGUGAAACAGGAGUAUCUGAGAAACCCAGAGUUCCACCCAGAUCUAGUUCGGACCAAAUCUACAGCUGCAGCUGGUCUCUGUGCCUGGACUAUUAACAUUGUCAGAUACUAUGAGAUUUAUUGUGAGGUCAUUCCGAAGAGGCAUGCAUUAUCACAAGCUAAUGCAGAACUAGAAACAGCAACAGCCAAACUGUUAACAGUUAAAAAAAAAUUGGUGGAUCUUGAUGCCAGCCUCCAGAGCCUAACAGCUCAGUUUGAAAAGGCUACAGCUGAGAAAAUCAGUUGUCAGGAGGAGGUGAUGCGCACCAACCAGACCAUAGAUCUGGCCAACCGACUAGUCAAGGGCUUAGAGUCAGAAAAGGAGCGCUGGUCCCAGGCAAUUGUUCGGUAUGAAAAGCAACAGAAAACCCUGUGUGGUGAUGUCCUCAUCACUUCAGCAUUUGUCUCCUACAUGGGUUACUUUACCAGACAGUAUCGUGUGGAGCUCCUUAACAAUGUAUGGAUCCCUUUCCUUCAGUCUCAGAAGGUCUCUGUACCCCUGACAGACGGCCUGGAUCCAAUCCUCAUGCUUACAGAUGAUGCCACUGUGGCUGCCUGGCAUAACCAGGGCCUGCCAAAUGAUAGGAUGUCCACUGAGAAUGCUGCCAUCCUGACCACCAGUGAGCGUUGGCCACUCAUCAUUGACCCACAGCAGCAGGGCAUCAAGUGGAUCCGAAACCGGCUAGGUUCAGAGCUGAGGGUGGUGCAGCUGGGACAGAAAGGCAGGUAUCUAAAUGUAAUUGAACAAGCCCUUGCCUGUGGUGAAACAGUUCUGAUAGAAAAUCUUCCAGAAAAGGUAGAUCCAGUCUUGGAGCCUCUACUGGGCAGAAACACUAUCAAAAGAGGAAGGUACAUUCGAAUUGGAGGCAAGGAGUGUGAAUACAACAGUAACUUUCAACUCAUUAUCCACACCAAGUUGGACAAUCCACAUUUUCCUCCCGAGCUCCAGGCCCAGACCACCCUCAUCAACUUCACAGUGACUCCGGUAGGCCUGGAGGAACAGCUGCUGGGACAGGUAGUGUCCCGGGAAAGGCCCGACCUGGAGGCCCUAAAGAUGGAGCUGACCACACAGCAGAACCACUUCAAGAUUGAGCUCAAGAGGUUGGAGGACGACCUGUUGAAUCACCUCUCUGCAGCGCAUGGUAAUUUUCUGGGUGAUAUUUCUCUGGUGGAGCAACUCGAAAACACCAAGACCACAGCUGCUCACAUUCAGUACAAGGUGGUGGAGGCCAGAGAGAAUGAGACAAAGAUCAACGAGGCUCGAGAACUAUACCGCCCAGCAGCUGAGAGAGCGUCACUCCUUUUCUUCAUCAUCAGUGACCUCAGCAAGAUUAACCUCAUGUACCAGUUUUCUCUCAAGACCUUUAACUCAGUGUUUAACAAAGCAAUGGAGCACGCAGAAUGGGACGAGGAUGUGAGGACCCGAGUGCACACCCUCACUGAGGCCAUCACCUAUUCUGUAUUCCUGUACACCAGCCAGGGCCUGUUUGAGAGAGACAAGUUAACCUUCUUGUCACACACUGCCUUCCAGAUUCUGCUCAAGCAGGGCCUGAUUGAUGCGCAGGAGUUUGACUUCCUACUGCGUUUCCCUGUGAAAGCUAGCAAAGUUAGUCCUGUGUCCUUCCUCUCUGCACAUGCCUGGGGAGCCAUUAAGACAGUUUCUACAAUGGAGCACUUCAGUGGACUCGACAGAGAUGUGGAGAGCUCACCAAAGCGCUGGAGAAAGAUCGUUGAAUCCAGUUGUCCUGAAAAGGAAAGACUUCCCCAGGACUGGAAAAAUAAAAGUUCCCUCCAGAAGCUCAUUAUCCUUAGAGCACUUCGCCCUGAUAGGAUGACCUAUACACUAAGGAACUUUGUGGAGGAAAGCAUGGGAACAAAAUAUGUGGAGGCUGCCAGGAUGGAAUUUGACAAGUUGUAUGAGGACAGUGGCCCAUCAACCCCUGUGUUCUUCAUCCUCUCACCUGGAGUGGAUCCACUCAAAGAUGUAGAGAAACUAGGAUUGAAGCUGGGAUUUUCCAUUGACCAGGGCACUUUGCACAAUGUAUCCCUGGGACAAGGGCAGGGGGAAGUAGCUGAGAGGAUUCUGAAGAAUGCCUCUAAACUUGGACACUGGGUCAUUCUGCAGAAUGUACACCUGGUGGCGCGCUGGCUGCCCUCUCUAGAUGCUCUUCUGGAGACAGCAGUGGUGGACAGUCACCCAAACUACAGGGUGUACAUCACUGGGGAACCAGCACCAAGCCCUGAGCAGCAUGUUAUCCCCAGAGGCAUACUGGAGAAUGCCAUCAAAAUCACCAAUGAGCCCCCCACUGGCAUGAAUGCCAGUCUGCAUGCAGCCCUCAACAACUUCAGUCAAGACACUCUGGAUAUGUGUUCCAGAGAACAGGAGUUCAACUCGAUGUUCUUCUCCCUCUGCUUCUUUCAUGCUUGUGUUACGGAGCGCCGUAAAUUUGGUCCCCAAGGGUGGAACUAUAACUACCCCUUCAGCACUGGAGACCUCACCAUCUCAGCCAUUGUCUUGUACAACUAUUUAGAGGCCAACACCAAAUCCAUGCAGGUACCCUGUGAGGACUUAUGUUAUCUUUUUGGGGAGAUCAUGUAUGGAGGACACAUCACUGAUAACUGGGAUAGAAGACUGUGUAAGACCUAUCUGCAAGAGUUCAUGCAUCCAAAAAUGUUUGAAGGGGAGCUCUUUCUGUGUCCUGGGUUCCUGGCCCCUGCAUUCAUGGACUAUAGUGGUUACCACAGUUAUAUUGACGAACAUCUCCCUUCUGAGAACCCCACUCUGUACGGUCUACAUCCAAAUGCUGAGCUCGAGUGCCUCACUGUCACCUCAGAUAACCUCUUAAGGACUCUGCUGGAACUGCAGCCACAGGACUCCUCCAGAGGAGAGGGGGCAGCUCAGAGCACAGAGGAGAAGGUCAAGUCUGACAUUGAAGAUAUCCUUGACAAGCUUCCUGAGGAGUAUAACAUGGCAGAGAUCAUCACAAAGACAACAAAGCGAAGCCCUUACAUUUUAGUCUGUUUCCAGGAGUGUGAACGCAUGAAUCUUCUGCUAGCAGAAAUAAGGAAGUCCCUUAAUGAGCUGGAUCUUGGCCUGAAGGGAGAACUCACCAUCUCCUCCAGUAUGGAUACUCUGCAGUCAGCCCUGUUCAAUGACUCUGUUCCAGAUUCCUGGGACAGACUGGCUUAUCCCUCCACUAAAACACUGGCACAAUGGUUUAGCGAUCUUAUGUGUAGCUGUCGAGAGCUGGACAGCUGGACUCAAGACUUGGUUCUUCCUGCAGUUGUUUGGCUCUCAGGACUCUUCAACCCACAGUCUUUCCUUACUGCUGUGCUGCAGAGCAUUGCUCGCAAGAAUCAGUGGUCCCUCGACAAGAUGACUCUGACUGUGGACGUAACAAAAAAGACGAAAGAGGACUUUGGACAUCCACCACGAGAGGGGGCCUAUAUCCAUGGACUCUUCAUGGAAGGAGCACGCUGGGACACUCAGUCUGGAGUCAUUGCCGAGGCGGUUUUGAGGGAUCUGAGCCCAGCCAUGCCAGUGCUGUAUGUCAGAGCUGUGCCUGCAGAGGAGCAGGAGCUCAAGAAUACUUACGAGUGUCCAGUAUACCGCACUAAGCAGCGUGGACCCACAUCUGUGUGGACCCUCCACCUCCGAACCAAACAUCCUCCUGCCAAGUGGAUUGAAGCUGGAGUGGCACUGCUGCUGUCCGUGUGAGACGCAUUUUAUAAUAUCUACUGACAGUAUUCUGCAAACAGUGUAGAAGAGGUGUAUUCUUUGAGAUAGUAUUUAAUCAUUUAUUGCAAUAAUUUAGCUUUUUAUCAUGUUUUCUAAUACAACACAAUUAUACUCUUUUAAUUGUGCAUUACUAUUAUUGUAUUCACUUGGGUUCAUACGUGACAAUACAGACAUUGUAGUGUAUGAAUGUGUGUGUGUUUCCGAUUUAAAGAUAAUGGAAAUAAAGAAGUGGAGAUGCAUGCUUAGCCAAUGCUGAA